CGCACACUGACGAAAUUUCCUCGGCCCUGCUCUCUCUGCGACUGCCAGUCUGUGUAGAUCAACAACAGACCGGAGCAGCGCCGGUAUUUGCAAGCUCCGGGCCAACGGCGCUGGUCAGGAAAGCUCUCUCCAGGGAGAAGGAGGGGGGACACGCAACUGGUAUUUUUUUUUUCCACUGUCUGCCUGCCUGACCGCUCAGCUCUCAGCUCUCAGCAGGAGACGACAUUUAGUCGGCAUUCAGAAAUUAGCGGAUGUAUAGUCGGGAUGGAUGGACCGAGUGAGCGGCAUUCACCGUGAGACUGGCGCUAAUUUGACGUCCUGAGCAGCAGGUGUACAGAAGGAUAAAGCAGACUAAAAGGCAAUCUCAGUGUUCAUGAAACUUUGCUACGAUUUACGUGCUGGGGUUGCCGUCCGCCAUGUUAAGGUAAAGCCCAGGUGUGCGGUGUUGACCAUGCUAAAGCGCCUGGACAAGAUCCGCUUCAGAGGCCCCAGGACGAGAGACGAAUUCCCGGAUCUGGCCGAGUCGCCACCUGCCUCCGACAACGAAUGUAGCGACGACAUGCAGCUGAAGCCGAGAGCAGCUCUGCGUGACACAGAGGACGUCCUGCGAGACCCUGCUGGUUCGGGGUCUCCCACUAUGGCUGCAGCCAUACAGGACUUCCAGAGGUCAGAGUCAGAGCGGCUCAACGAAGUCAAGGGUCAUUUGGAAAUUGCCUUAUUGGAGAAACAUUUCCUACAGGAGGAACUGAGGAAGCUGCGGGACGAGACCAGCGUGGACUCCCUGCGGCAGGAGCUCGAGAGGGAGCGAACCAAAAGGAUAGACCUGGAGCAGAAGAUGAGCGAUUUGCUCAAAACCAGGCUAGAGGACUCUCCACCACAACCUCCCAGAAAACAGCAGUCGCCCUCAAACAACGGAACCGCAGAGAAACAGCAGAAGGAAGUGUGGAGUUCACGGCUGCAGAAGUGGCUGUACGAGCGCUUCGGGGUUUACAUGGAAGACUUCCGCUUCCAGCCGGAGGAAAGCACAGUGGAGGCCGAGGAACCGCUAAGUGCUAAAAGGUUGACAGAAAACAUGAGGCGACUCAAGCGAGGAGCCAGGCCUGUCACCAACUUCUUAAGGAACCUCUCCGCCUUAUCUAAUUGGCACUCCGUGUACACCUCAGCUAUUGCCUUCAUUAUUUACAUGAAUGCUGCUUGGCAUGGCUGGGCCAUUCCCAUGUUCCUCUUCCUGGCUAUCCUACGCUUGUCCUUAAAUUACCUCAUUGCCAGAGGUUGGAGGAUCCAGUGGAGCAUUGUGCCUGAGGUCUCUGAACCCAUGGACCCUCCAAAGGAAGACUUGACUGUGUCUGAGAAGUUUCAGCUUGUACUUGAUGUUGCACAAAAAGCACAGAACCUCUUUGGAAAGAUGGCUGAUGUUUUAGAGAAGAUAAAGAAUCUGUUCAUGUGGGUGCAGCCAGAGAGCACCCAGAAACUUUACAUCUGCCUGUGGGUGACUUUCAUCACCUCCUGCGUCCUGCCGUACAAACUGCUGGGCUUCAUGAUUGGCGUGUACGCUGGCAUCAAGUUCUUCAUCAUAGACUUCCUCUUUAAGAGCUGCCCGAAGCUCCGCGACAAGUAUGACACGCCUUACAUCGUGUGGAACAGCCUUCCCACCGACCCCCAGCUCAAAGAGAGGACAAACGCCACUGUGUCGAGACGGGUUCAGCCGGUGGUUUCUCGUGGAAGCCUCGCCAACGUCCCGUGUGGGGGGAGCAGAGAGGAGGAGAGCGGUCGCUCUCACAGCACCAAGAAGGGAGCUUUCCACGAGAUUUUCAACCUGCCAGAGUCAGAGCGCCCUCUGCCGGUCUGUGAAAAUGGCUGGAGGUGUUGCCUGAUAAACCGAGACAGGAAGAUGCCCACAGACUACAUCAGGAACGGGAUGCUUUACGUCACCGAGAAUUACCUGUGCUUUGAGAGCUCCAGCUCCAGAUCGAGCUCCUCCAAGAAGCAUAAAGUCAUCAAGCUGGUGGACAUCACUGACAUACAAAAGUACAAAGUGUUGUCAGUCCUACCAGGAAGUGGGAUGGGCAUUUCAAUAGCCACUCCUUCCACUCAGAAGCCAUUGGUGUUUGGUGCCAUGAUCCACAGGGACGAGGCUUUCGAGGCCAUCUUCACCCAGUACAUGAAGAUCGUGACCAGCAAACCGCCGGCCAGCGCCGAGCUCUAAAGAGCCUUCCGCACUCCUCCGCCGGGGCUGAAGUCUGAUGCAGAGAGCCUCCCGGGUCUCAGCCGAACUGGAUGACACUCUCUAACGCCGCACUCUUCGACCGUGUGUGAGCUGCCUCCUCCUCUUCCUCUUCAUCAUAGUCGAUGAUCUCGGCCCAGCUGGUGGAUUUUUCUGCUUAGGCCACGUUAGAGGGAAUAUGUGGGUGUAGCUGGUGUUUAGUCACAUGACGCUUUUCCUGUGGGUGAUUAUGGACAAAAUUCACUAAGAGAGGAGGAUGAUCAGUGUGGUUUUAUCAAUCAUCAGGAGGCUGGUGAGGGGGGGCUGGCCUCCUCUCCCACCUACUGACCACCUGACUUAGCUGGCUUCCUUUUUCUGUGUUUGCAUGUGUGAGUGUGUGCGUGUCUUUCUUAAGGUCUUAAAUUGCAUCUUAAGUGACUCUGAUGUUCUCUACUGUGGUAGGAAGACUUCGUACAGCUCUCAUCAUCCUGGAUGUAUUUAAAAAACAAGCAGUUCAAACUGCCACACGUGUAAAAACGAGCUUUUCCAAAUCACUGCAAAAACAAAUAUUCAAACAGGCCGAGCGGUGCUUCGUGUCAUCCAUGGCUGUAUUUUAAUUUAAUUUAAUUUUUUUUAAAUAAAGUGUAUUAUUAGCUGUGAUGACGGCUGACACGGAGCCUUCCUGUUAGUUUACACCACCGCUUGGUCUCUCUUCUCCUUUUAGCUGAACCGACGAAGCAAAAACGUCCGCUGCUGCGUUCGGCAUCCGUGUUUGUGAAACAGUGCAGUGACGUUUUCAUCUUAAAUGCCUUUAUUUUGAAAAAUGUCUUUUGGUCUUUGUAACAGAGCCUUUUUUUUCUUUCCUCGGUGAGAGCACAACAUCGGCUGCUGUUUAAACUCUCGACACAUGGAGACCAUUUAUUUGUCCCAUCUCUGCUGUUCUCCCUGCACUUUAUUAAAAACUGGAACUGCUGACGUGUGUGUGUGUGUGUGUGUGUGUGUGUGUGUGUGUGUGUGUGGCAGCGCACAAAUGUUAAAUGUUGGUCAGUGUUAGAAACCACUGCAGUCUCAUUAUUACAGCCUUCCUCUCCUCGACUCGAGGCCACGUUCAGCUGGUCUCGGUGCAGCAGAAAGAACAGUCUGAGCACUUUGUAUUAACGGCACAUUGAUGUCUGCACGCUGCACCAGACAACCAUCAAACUGGCUGUAAAAGCGGGAGUAGAAGGUACUCUGACUGGCACAUUUCUCCACACAAAGGCCCGUAAAGGCCUGUCAGCUCACUGUAUCCUAAACCUUCUAGAGUCUCCUCCUGAUUGGGUGACUCUACUUGUAUAAGUGCUCAGCUCUUUGAGUUCAGGCUGUAUAGACAUGCCUGUUUCUCCUCUUCUUUCUGCAAACGCCACAGUGAGUGCUCUUCCAUGUGUUCCUCUUCAUCUAAAUGUGAGCUGAUGUUUGUUUUUGUUUUUUUUUGUUUUUUAAAUAGUGUGUACAUGGAUAAAGGUCUUGCUUUAUUUUCAGACGCUGUUCCCGGGAGCGAAGCGGGUCUUUGCCCCCUGCGUUUAUAUGUAGAAGUGUAUAAUGCCAAACCACAUCAGACACUUUAAGGUGUUUUGUGAGGCGAACCGAGGCGGGGAUACAGGGCUGGAGGUCAGUUUCUCUUUAGCUGUUUGUAUUUGAGAUGACGGAGUAGGUGCUCCACACUCCUAGCUAAAAUCCUACGAAAACACUGUUGAAAGGGAGACCUUGACAUUUUUCCCGAUAUGUCACUGAUCCUCAAGAAAAACCAGACUGCCCUUCAGGAACUGCCCUCAAGACUUGAAAUGUCAAGGCUUCUCUUAAAGUCGAUGCGAGUCCUCUCGUCAUCGCCGUUGUUUAGUCAGGCGGACUGGAGAUGAAGUUGCCAGAGGUGCGAUGGACCAGUUCAAACAGCUGCGUUCGAUGAUUAUUUUAGUUAAAGCUAAUGAAGAAUGGAUAUUUUUUUUUUUGACAUCCAUUUUUUUUUUUUUUUUUUUGUAUGAUUAUUGUUCUGUUUUUGGUUUUUUGAGCCUGUUGCUAACAGGCUGCCUUUCCCAGACAUGGAUUUCUAUUUUUAUUGAGGUAUAAAUUCGAUCCAUGACCGGGGGGGUGGUGAUGGAGAUACCUGUCGGAUAUCUGAGCAGGUGGAAUCAGUAGUUAAUGCUGUCUCACUGUGUGACUGGCUGGCUUGUUGUAGUCUUAAAGCUGUUACCUGAAGCCUUUUUUCUAAUCUGUUAACUGUGUCAGGCAGCUCUCAGCGGGGACUGCGAGACCCCAACGGGGCUGCACUCAGAUAAAGCACAGAAUGUAUCAUGUUCUAAAUGUCUAACAUUAUUAUUUUUCUUUUGCCAAAUCUUUGAUUUUUUUCAGUCUGCAAUAUUCUGCCUACGCUCAUGUUUACAGAAGGUUGUACAAAAUGUAUUUCUUUUUUUUUCUCCUUUUUUAAACAUCCCCAGUUUGAAUUCCUUUACCUCGGGAGUUAUGAAAACUGGACUGCUCUUGUUCUGGAAUUGAUGUUUCAUCAGCUCGGCACCACUCUCAUGACUGUCUCUGCUCAGCAACAGGAUCAAACUCCAACCUUAGCAACAAAAGCAGCUUUUUAACCCUCAUACAGCAUGUAAGCGUCCAUAUCCAGCAUUGCAGUGCUUGGUUUUUAGUGUAGUGGAAGCUGCCAGAUUCCCGGGGCUUCAUACAGAGCAGAGAUGGUCAUGGAGGACUGAAAUGGCAACAUCUGUGUUUUUGACAGCUGGUCUGCCCUCUGUGACACCAUGAAGCUUCUCAGGAGGCUUCAUUUUUUUCCCAUUUAGUGAAUUAAAAUGUGGUGAAAAGCAAUCAGUGAGUGGAUCAUAGAAAUGUGAAAGAAUUACUUUCCUGAUUCAAGUCCUUUAAAAAGUUAUUCAAAGCUAAAUUUACUAACACCUUUGGCACCAAACGAGCACCAAUGCCCAGUUCAGAACCUGUUCCCGGGGUCACAGGAGGGCUUGAGCCUAUCCCAGCUUUGGUGAUGAACUGUCACUUACCCAUAACUCCUUAAUCUGUUCAUUCAGCUGGUCCAUAAAGUGAAUAAGCUACACAGAUCACUGAGGAUGGAGGUGCCGUCAGAAACGACAGUGUUGCCUUCUCGAGGUCCUCUUCGUUCACACUGGUGUCAUCACUGUUGUAUUAGCUAUGUAGUUCCUCUAAGUGUGUAAAUGUUGAAAGUUUUCCCAUCUGCCUGAUCCAUGCUGAGUGUACAGUGUGUAGCUGUACUAGGGCUGCUCAGCGGCCUCGAUCUGAUGAAUUAAAAAAUAAAUUAAACAACACAAUAAAGAAAACAAAAACAUCCUUAAGGAUUAAGUUGUACUUUGUGGACUGAGACAGACUCAUGAUAUUGAUUGGUUAAGUGCAAAUUAAAGCCCAAAUGCGAAACAUUGCAGUCAUUACAAUGAGUGAGUAAUUUGUCAUCUGUGAUGUGACGGGCUAUAAUGGCUUCCUUUCUUUUUAUUUUUUUCAGAGGCAUUUGUAUACAAAUCAUUGAAUUGUACAGUGAAAAAACCCCCACUGAGUUUUUAAAAAGACGUGUCUAUUGUAAAGGAUAAUGUGAUGUACCUUUUUUUUUUUUUUUUUUUUAAUUUAAGUAAAAGAAUUUAAGGUAUUUUUAA